UCCUCCUCAUCUUCUUCCUCCUCCUCCUUCUCCUUCUACUCCUCCUGCAUCUUGAAACUGUGUCAGACUAGUUUCCCUUCUUCAAGCGUCACUUCCGUAACACAUUUGCUUGUAGCUAUUUUUGCGAAGUCUAUUGCUAGUAGAGUCACAGUCCCAAUGCAUCCCAAGCACACAGUCAAUCGGGAUAGACGAAAUUGGCGGCGCGUGUUCACUCCAAAUGAAAUACAUGCAAAGACCGGAGAUGCGGCCCUUUGA